AUGAACACACAGACAGAAGACGACUUUUAUCAAUCGGAGGACGACUUGGAUGAAGAUGAGGCGACGCAAUAUAUAAUUGAACAAAGUCUGAUUCAAUAUAGAAAGCUCAAAGGAUUGAAUCCAAGUGAUCUGAAACCCAGUGAAGACCCUGAUGAGAUUUUCAAAGCAAUCAAACAGGGUGAUGAAGAUGCGCUGAACAGGACGAUAGUGCAACCAGAGACUCUGUCCAGAGUUGAUGAACGAGGAUGGAUCCCCCUGCAUGAAGCUGCAGUGCAAGAGAAUAGAAGAAUACUCGAGAUUAUCUUCUCAGCAUCGCCCCCAGGUGCGGCCCAGUGUCGUACUCUUAAGGGUGAGACACCUCUGUUUCUGGCUGUGGUUCAUGGACUCAGAGAGACCGCCACAUUCCUGCUACAGAACGGUAGUAGCCCGGAUCUCCAGAAUGAUGAGCAGGAUUCUCCAUUAGUGGCCGCUAUCCUGAAUGACCAGUAUGACUUGGCCACACUGUUGCUUCGCUACAAUGCCAACGUAGACCAAGUAGGACCACUAAACAGGACAGCACUGCACGAGUCUGCCUUUUUAGGCCUGGAGAACUUUGUCUAUCUGCUCCUAGAGUCCGGUGCCAACCCGAACGCAUGUGACAUCAAAAAGAAAACUCCGCUGGCUCUGGCUGCGCAAAAUGGACAUCUGAAUGUGGUGGACGUCCUGCUACAGAAAGGAGCCCAUGUGUGGUGUGAAUCAGAGUCAGGCACUGUCUUGUUUGAUGCAGCAGCAUCAGGAAACCCUGACAUAAUCUCUUUGCUGCUGGAGCACGGAGCAGAUCCCAACCUACCUCUUUACAGCGGACACCUGCCGAUUCACCGUGUGGCAUACCAUGGGCACAUACUGGCACUGGAGCACCUCAUCCCUGUGACUAAGCUGGAGGCUGUGAAGGAAAGUGGGAUGAGUCCUCUCCAUUCUGCAGCCGCUGGGGGACAUGCCCAUUGCGUUGAGAUCCUGCUCAAAGCCGGCUACGAUCCAAACUUCAUGCUGCACCCAAGGGUGCGCCGCAGCUAUGAUGAUGAGCGCAGGUCUGCCCUCUUCUUCGCUGUGUCCAACAAUGAUCUUCAGUGCACUCGCUUGCUGUUAGAGGCUGGGGCAAUGGUGAACCAGGAUCCUAUCAACUGUUUGCAGGUGGCUCUAAGACAUGGCAACUAUGAACUAAUCAACACGUUGCUGAAGGCUGGGGCAAAUGUCAACUACUACUCCCGUGUCAACAGCACUCACUUCCCCUCAGCACUGCAGCAGGCCUUGAAAGAUGAGGUCAUGCUGAGAAUGAUUCUUAACCAUGGAUAUGAUGUGAAGCGUUGCUUUGACUGUCCCUAUGGUGACAGUUCCCAUGACUACGCUCCUUGGACGACCUCAAUCAUCAAAGACAUGGUGUUCUGUGAGGUGAUAACAGUGGCCUGGCUUAGGCACUUAUCGGCACAGGUGGUGCGCAUUAUGCUCGACUACACCGACCAUGUCUCCUUCUGCACCAAACUUAGGGACACGCUGGAGGAGCAGAAACAGUGGCCAGAAAUCUGUCACAUUCAAAGAAAUGCACGAAGCCUGAAGCACCUGUGCCGGUUGCGGAUAAGAGAGCAUCUCAGUCGCCUGCGCCUGAGAGCCCCAGUUUUCAUCAACUUCCUUCCUCUUCCUCCCAGGCUGAAAGAUUACCUACGCUACAAAGAGUUUGAUGUCUACAGCAGGGGCAGCAUGGUUAGCCCACAGUGA